AUGGAAACAACCUCGAUGGAAACUCGACAACUUCAUUCAAGUCAAAAAGAAGCACUGAAGAAAAGAAUUGAAUUUUCAGGAGACGUAAAUGAACUGGAUAUUGAUGAAUGGUUAUUCCAUGUGAACAAUUUAUUUUCACUAAUGAGAUUAAAAGAUGAAACAAAAAUUCUCGAAACAAUGGGCAAAUUAACAGGACCAGCAUUACGAUGGUAUCAAGAAAAUUUAAGAUCAUUCAUUAAUUGGAAUGAUGCUGAAAAAGCAUUACGAGAUCGAUUCAAAGAAUUUGGUUCUGAUAGUCAAUUAAUGCAAGAAUUUUUUCAUAUUUAUCAAGAAGAAAAUCAAUCGGUUACAUCAUUUUAUGAAAAUGUCAUUCAUAUUAAGAAACCAGAAGAAUGGCUGCAAGUUGCUCGAGAAGAAGAAUAUAUACAGAAGCAAAUUCAACAACAAAGUAAUAGUUUAUAUCCUGAAACAAAAAAUAAAAUAUUUUUCGAAUCUAUAUUACCAACUGCAACAAUACAACCAACUAAAGUCCUGCGGGACAGACAAACGGGAUUCGGGACACAGACAAGUUUGUCUCGCAGGUCUGUACAACCAACAUCAUCGAAUACUCAAUCGUCGAGUCAACAGCCCUUUGCAUCACGUCAUUACUAUCAACAACAACAUCAACAACUAACACCAUCAACAAUCAAUCGAACAUAUUCAAAACAAAACAAUUUUUCAAAUCUCAAACAAAAUCGAAAAAAUUAUCCAGAAAAUAAAAUACAAAAAUCAAAUCCAUGUUUAAUUUGUAAUAAAAAUAAUCAUGCAACAACAAAAUGCUUUUAUAAGAAGAGCAAUGGCUGUUUUAAAUGUGGACUAUCAAAUCAUCAAGUACCACUUAUCGAUGCCGGAUCGGCCAUCACUAUUAUACAUCAACACUUAUUAAAUGACAUACCACAUCAAGAAUUAAUACCAAAAACAAUAAAUCAUUUAUCUGCAAAUUGCUCAACAUUAAAUAUUAUUGGUGAGAUAUCCUUAGAAAUAAAUGUUAAUGGAAUAAAAACAACAAUUAUUGCUGAUGUUACAACAAAUCUUGUUACAAAUUUAAUAUUAGGUAGUGAUUGGAUCCAAGCAAACAAUGUUUAUUUUCUUACACCUGAACAACGAAUUAUGAUCCGAAGUCGAGGUAAAGAAGUAUCAACUCCUUCUGUAAAACCAUAUUUUUUAAAUUAA